AGGGUGGCCGGCAGGUAGCCGCGCGAAGUUUGCGGAGAAAGCUCGGAGCGCUCGGAGUCACGUGACCGCGCUUGGAUUCCGAAAAGGACACCGGAGGGACACAGGUGUUUCGUCGCUCAGUCGCGUGGCACGUGGUGCGUGUAUAUGGUGUCACGCGUGUUCUCGUUCGUGGCGUGAAUACCGCGGGGGUGUAGCAUUGCGGCCGUCGAUGAGCACCAACGGUGAGCGCGCGGAUCUCGUGGAGGUGGGUCCGGGGGUAGUGUCCCCGUGCAAGACCGCUAACAACCCUUACUCGGCGCUCGCAGCGGUCGUCGUCGUUGGUGCCGGGCACGGCGCAGCCACGAUGAUGCCGCGAAGUCUGCCGACGAGACGCGGCCUGCAGGCACUAGCUCUCGUCAUCGCGACCGCCUACGCUACAAUCCUCCUGUACCAGUCUAUUGCACCGCAGUGGGUCGAGAUGAGCGUGUCGGAAGUGAACAGUCGAAGUGUGAUAGUGGAAGUGCCGGCAUCGCGCAAGAUAAUCAGCGAGGAGUCGCCGGUGACGCCGCCGGUGGCAACGGCGACUAUGGCACCGUACGCCACGAACCUUGACGACGUGUUUAUCAGCGUCAAGACUACCAAGCACUAUCAUCACUCGCGCUUACCGGCCAUCAUCGACACGUGGUUCCAGUUCGCCAAAGAUCAAACCUGGUUCUUCACCGACAGAGAUGAUCCUUACUUCCAAAAUCAAACCAACGGUCAUAUGAUCAACACGAAAUGCUCGUCUUCGCACAAUCGGCGGGCUCUUUGCUGCAAAAUGUCCGUGGAAUUCGACACAUUUCUCGAAAGCGGUCAAAAGUGGUUUUGUCACUUUGAUGACGAUAAUUACGUCAACGUGCCGCGCUUACUGAAGGUCCUGGACAAUUAUAACCCGCGCGAGGACUGGUAUCUGGGCAAGCCCUCUAUACCAGCACCCUUGGAGAUCGUGAGACAGGAUCCGCAGAAACGAUCGUACAAAGUGAGGUUCUGGUUUGCCACGGGCGGUGCCGGCUUCUGCAUCAGUCGAGCGUUGGCUUUGAAGAUGACUCCGGUUGCUGGUGGCGGAAAGUUCAUCACUGUUGGCGAUAGAAUCAGGUUGCCAGAUGACGUGACGAUGGGUUACAUCAUCGAGCAUCUUCUGCAAAAGCAACUAACGGUAGUAGAGCAAUUUCACUCACACUUGGAGCCGAUGAAGUUUCUAAACAAGGAUACUUUUCACGAGCAGAUCUCAUUUAGUUAUUCCAAAGGACCUAGGGACGAGUGGAACGUCUUGAAGAUCGACGGUUUUGACAUGAAGAACGACCCAAAGAGAUUCAAAUCCAUCCAUUGUCAUCUGUUCCCGCACGUUUCUUAUUGUCCGCAUAGAUGAUGAAGAUCGUGUCGCAGAUGUAUAUAUAAAAAGAAUCGAAGGACUGAUAUCUCAUUGUUGCGCAAAAAGAGAGAGGCAACGUAAGUCUUCAUAAAAAGAAGAAAGCAGUUUCGUUUUCUAACUAUACACAGAGAAGCUAUACCAUGUGAGGUAAGGAGUGUUAAUUGAAUCAAUAUAAUAACGUAUCUUGCAUAAAUUAUUAUUUGUUUUCAUAUACAUAUAAUGAAAAAUAGAAAAAGGAAUAAGUCACAAUAGUAAUAACGAAUUUGAUUGAAUAAACACGUUAAUAUUCUAAUAUGGAUUAAUAUUAGCGUUAUAUAUUGCGCGCGCGUAGUCACUUAUACAACAGAAGAUGAAUAAUCUUUUAAAAAUGUUAUUGCACAAAAUACUAUAGGUAUUUAUAAAAAAUUAUGUCAACUAGCUAUAGCUAUUGAUGCAUUGUUUCAACUUAUUUUAAUUUUUUUAUUUUUUAUAUGCUACAUAAAUCAGAAUAGAUAAUAAUUUUUCACGCGUUUUACAAAUCGUGUUAUUAUUUCGAUUAUGCUCCUUAUUGUAUGCGUUUUAUAGAACAAUGUCUGCGAUAUUAUUACAAAAACAUGCGAAGAGAAGUUUGACGCAAAUUCUCUCGUUACAUUGUUCUCGUUGUUACUUCUGUUUGUUUUUCGAAACGUGUACAUAAAGUUGUAUAUAAUUAUUUUUUUAUUAUUAAGUUAUAUGUAAUUGUUCUCGACUUACAUUUUCAUAGUAUUCAUGCGAUGUAAAAUAAAACCUUUUGAAAUUUAUGUAGCAGAUGUAGAAAGAGCGAGAACGUGAUGGACGAAUAUAAUUUCUAUUGUAUUAAAUAAAUAAUUGUUAUUGUUGACAAGGUUAUUUGUAAUUUAACAAAAAAUCGAAUUCACUAGCGAUCGAAGUCAUUAGUAAUAAAUGUUUAUCUAUUAUUAUCGGACAAUUACAAAUUCUGCUAUUAACUUUUUAUUUUUUUAAAGUUACGGAAAUUUUAUUCGUCUUUGUUUUGAUCUUAAUAGCGAAAUGACGAAAUGCUCAUUUACAUUUCGUAGCGAAAUCAUACUUUAUCUACGAUAAUUUCAUAUCCAUAAAAUUUUCUUUCUAAAUUGUAAGAUUAUUAUAGGCUUACGAUUUUCGCCGCAGAAUUAUAUUUGUGGCGUAAAGUCCUCUUUAAAGUUCCAUUUCUACAUAAUUAAAUACUUAUACAUGCGGAUUUCUUCGGAAUUAAGAAUAGAAAAGCGAUAAAUAGAAGAUGACAAAAUAAAAAGACGUAGCUUUUUUUUAUAACUUAUUCACUACAUGGAAGUUGUGCGAACACGCGUGUAGGUAUACAUGACAGCUGCAUCUGUGCAAUACGAUACAAGAAUUGUACAUAAGAUGUACAUAAUGAUAUAUAUUUAGCGUGAGACACACGAUUGAGUCUCUUGAUAAUUGUAAUUCGCCGACGACCUCAUUCGUCGAUGCGAAAUGGAAUUAAGCUAGUCCCUCGCAAAAUGAAACAGACAGCUGUAUAUAAUGUGAUAUUUAGUGCGUGCGAACUUGUACAUGUGUGUCUUUUUUCUGAUGUGUUUCGUCGUAGCUGUUUUCACAUAAGAAUAUUUGUAAGCAAUAAUAAAAUUGAGUACGUAUGUAAUAUCGAACGUACGAGCCAUUUACUUUCAAAGCAAUGCAAAUUUUCUAUAAAGAUUUGCUGUUAAAGAAAUUUAAAAAAUAACGUAAGAUUCAUGACCGCGAAACAAUAACAUUAAUAUACAAUAUUUGUUACGUUUAUUGAUUACUUGCCAGGAGCAAACACUUUUGGCUGCUGACAUCGACUGAUAUUUUUAUCACGGUUACUUUUUAGUGUAAAUUUAGCAUCAGAAUCUUGGUAAUACAAAAAUGCUGCAAAAAUUUUAAUAUUUAAGAAAAUAUUAAAAAUAUUAAAGAAAAAUUCUCGAAAUUUGCGCUAUUUCAAAAGCAAACGGCUUGUAACCGUUCAUCACUGCUCUGAAGAAACCAAUUUAUCAAUCAUCUGAAAGAUGAGCACAAUAUUGAUAUUAAUAAAAGUAAAAUCUCGAUAUGUGAAGCACAUGUUUUAUUAUUACAAUUAUUUGCUCAUCUGAUGAUGAACGAUGCAUUGAAUGAAUCUAUGAAGACUCCGAUGAGGUCUACGAUGUUAUCAUGUCGAUAUCUUUCUUUCUACAACGGAACGCUGAAAAUACAAGAUGUAUCAUAUCGAUAAUAGAUGUUGUGCGACAUUGUUUUGUAUAAUAGAUGACAUAUACACACUU